AUGAGAUCGUUUGGGGCGAGCGCUGCCCUGUGCAUCACUUGCUCGAACACUCCUUGCCGUCAACCAUCACAUGUCCGGCCAUCCCGUCUGGACCCCUCCCUCCGUGAGGACUCAGUCUGUGGGCCCUCUCAGAGCUUUCCCGCAUUUUCGGUGCCCCCGGGCCCGGCCCGCGCUGAGGAGGCGGACGCCGGGUCCCUGCGCGCCCCCUACGUCUCAGUCACCAAGCCCCCCAGCGCCGGGCCGGGGACACGUGCAAAACCGGUUCUCAUGGUCCAGAGCAAGCGCUUGAAGCCCAGCCGGGUGACAGCGCCUACCCGUUCAGCGAUUUCGGCCUCUCACGCCCUGUAA